AGGGUGAGAGAUGCAACAAUGGCCUUGAGAACAGCAGGAAGUGUGUUGGUGGUCUUUCUCUGGUCUGUAGCAGUGGUGCUGGGUCAGGAUGGCUGGAGUGUAACUUACACCAAGAAUAGAAUCUGUGUCUUGAAGGGGUCUUCAGUGGAGCUGUCCUGCUCUUACACAUAUCCCAGUGGUCAUACAGUCACAACAGCCUUCUGGUUCACUGAAUUGGGGACUGGUGUAGAACCUGACAGUCUAGGUCAGGACCCAGAGUAUUCAGGUCGUCUGGAGUAUCAUGGAGACAAGAAUGGUCAACGCCUGAAAAUAACAGACCUGGGAGAGAGUGACUCUGCUGAGUACAAGUUCAGAUUUAUGACAAAUCAGGAAGGAGGGAAAUAUAUGGGCAGUCCUGGAGUCACUCUGUCUGUCACAGGUCUUCAGGUGAAGGUGACUGGUGGACAUCAGGAUAAGACACUGACCUGUAGCACCACCUGUACUCUGACUGACAACCCCACCUACAUCUGGUACAAGAACGGACAAAAAGUAAAGGAGGACACUUCCAGCCUGUACCCAGACUCCUUUAGUGAUGCAGACAGCUACUCCUGUGCUGUAAAAGGCCAUGAGGAUCUCCACUCUCUUGCAGUGUGUAAGAACUGUUGGAUUGUGACUUACACCCAUCAGAGUAUCUGUGCCUUGAAGGGGUCAACAGUGGACAUAUCCUGCUCUUACACAUAUCCCAUUGAUCAUGAGAUCAAAACUACUUUCUGGUUUACUAAAUGGGAGUCUGAUAUGGAUCCUGAAGAUCUGAGCUCAGUGCCAGGAUAUGAGGGUCAUAUGGAGUACCUUGGGGAUAAGAAGAGUGAGGGUACCCUGAGAAUCACAGACCUGAGAUUGAGUGACUCUGCUGGGUACAGAUUCAGAUUGAUAACAUCUGGAGAAAAGUUUGCUGGCUCACCUGUCUCCCUGACUGUCACAGAUGUUGUGUUGGAGAUGGUUCCUACAUCUGUGUCAGAGAGUGAGAGUGUCACACUGACAUGUAGAACCAAAUGUACGCUGGACCCAAUCGCAGCAUUUAUUUGGUAUAAGAAUGGACAACCUAUACCAAACAGCAACACCUACUCUCUUGUCUAUAGCCUAUUCUCAGUCAGCAGUGAGGAUAGAGGCAGAUACUCCUGUGCUGUAGAAGGCCAUGAGGAUCUCCCCUCUGCUGAAGAGACUCUCACGGUCAGAUCACCAGAUGGUCCAUGGAACACCUCAGUAUCAGUCAGUCCCUCUGGUGAAAUAGUGGAGGGCAGUUCAGUGACUCUGACCUGCAGCAGUGAUGCCAACCCACCUGUGGACAAAUACACCUGGUACAAGAAGAAUAUAGCCUCACCAAAAGCAUCAGGACAGAGUUACAGCAUCACUGACAUCAUCUCUGAGGACAGAGGAGAAUACUACUGUGAAGCUAGAAACAUUAAAGGGACAGAGACUUCCAUCCCUGUCCAUAUUAAUGUCAUGUCAGUGUUUCCCUGGGUUCCUGUAAUGGGGGUGGGGGCUGUCCUGACUGCUGGAGCUCUGCUCCUCACCAUCUACUGCACUCUGAAGAGGAGAUCCACAGGAGGAAGUGAUGCCACAACAGACACACAGAGUGUCCACCAUGACCCUAACAGUGACACGUACACAGGUCUGAACGUGAAGACCAGUUCAACUGACUACGACACUCUGGCAAGAAAAUGA